AUGGCCGAAGUCAUUUCCGCAACUCCUUCUCCCUUGGCGAAGCUGAACUUCAAGCCCAUCAUCAAGGAUGAGCUAAGGUCAACCACCACCAGCAGGCCAACGGCCACCUUCAACCCCGAUGAACACCUCGCGUUUGUCGAAGACCCCAAGAAGCUCACUCUCAAGGACAUCUCCAUGUCAGAAGACAUUGGAAUCUCUCCCGUUGCGUGCUCAGAACCUUUCCCUCUGUUCACUGAGGAGGCUAUCCAGACUAUGAGACAAGAGAUCUUCACAACGGAAGUUUGGGAGAACUGCUUGCACAGCACCGCUUUUGCUCCUUGCCAGCUUAGAGGGCACUGCCCCAAGUAUGCACCAUUUAUGGAUCAGGCCUGGCACAACCCCAAGACUCUCGAAGUCAUCUCCAAGGUCGCCGGUGUCGAUCUCAUCCCCAACAUCCAGUACGAGGUCGGCAACAUCAACAUUUCCAUCCAGAGCGCAGCAAGCGAGAAGCAGAAGGCCGACGCCAAGAAGGGCGACAACACCUCUGUCACCAAGUGGCACUACGAUGCCUUCCCCUUCGUCUGUGUUGUCAUGAUGAGUGACGCUACCACCAUGCUCGGAGGCGAGACCGCCCUGAAGACCGGUACAGGAGACGUUCUCAAGGUUCGCGGACCGCAGAUGGGAUAUGCCGUCAUCCUCCAGGGCCGAUACGUUGAGCACCAGGCUCUCGCAGCUAUCGGUGGUGCUGAGCGCAUCACCAUGAUUACCUCUUUCCGACCUCGCGACCCUUGUGUCAAGGACGACUCCGUCUUGACCUCGAUCAGACCGAUUUCCGAGCUUUCGGAGCUCUACUAUCAGUGGGCCAAGUACAGAGCUGAGGUUGUGAAGGACAGACUGGAUGCCAUGUUGAAGACUCUGGAGGAGAACCACGAGGCGGGAAAGCAGACGGAUGUCCGGGGCAUUAAGGACUUCCUUCAACAGAAUGAGGAAUAUCUUGCGAUCACCAACAAGGAGAUCGUGGAAACGCGAGAGCCUCACCGCGCUUGGCAAGGGUACUGA